AUGAAUAAGGGAACAAUUCUAGUCAUUAUAUUAUUGUAUAAUAUUUUCAUUUUAAUUGUACAAAGUAUUCAUGAUAUUCCAUUACGUGUAGACAUUAUUGAAGAAUGUCCAACUGGAAGUAUAAUACCUGGAAUUGCUGAAUAUUUACAACAAUUAAUAUCUCGUGAACAAAUGAAAGGUUUAAUACAAACAACAACAUUUCAAUUAAUUAAUGAUGGUACAUUUUCAAAUUUAUUUAGUUUAGAUUCAAAUACUGGUCGAUUAAUUGUUAAUGGACGCAUUGAUCGAGAAGCUUUAUGUUCAUCAUGGGAUAAUAAUGCUGGUACUAGUGGUUCUGUUGGAAUUAAUAGUAAUAUGAACGAUAUUGUUGUAACACAAAGAAAUUCAAAUUUAAUGAAUGCAAAUGAUUUUUCUAAUUCUUCACCAAAUGAAUGUUUACAAGCUUUAAAUAUAUUAAUUAUUACACGAACUAAUCAAGAAUCAACACAUUUAACUACUGGAGCUGGUGAAAAACAUGCUGAAACACCAGUUAAAACUUCAAGGAUAUUAAUACAUGUAAUAAUACAUGAUAUUAAUGAUAAUGCACCUAAAUGGCAUGAAAACAGUCUUCUACAUGUAAGCUUUGUCGAAACACCGUCAUCAUCAAAUAACAAUGGAUGGAAUACUGUUCAGACAAUUCUACGACCUAUCAAUGAGAAUGAUGCAAUUAGAAAUGCAAAAUCAAUUGAUCGUGCUUAUGAUCCAGAUAUGGGUCAGAACGGUACAAUUAUUUAUCGAUUAAUUGGUCCAGGUGCAGAUUAUUUUCGAUUAGCAGAUAAUUUUAACAGAAAAAUAAAUAAUGAUAAUAAUGAUCAAUAUCAUAGUCAAUCAAAUGCUGAUUUACUGAUUCACCGAAAAAGUGAUCUAAGCAUGGAUUUAUAUAAUAUCAAUAAUAAUAAUAAUCAUAUAAACCCUAUGACCGGUACACAUGAAACAUCAUUACAGAUUUGGCCUAUACUCCCUCUAGAUAGAGAAACAAAGGAUUUUGCUGGACAAGGAGGUGUUUACAAUUUAACUUUGUUAGCAAGUGAUUUAGGUAAUCCACCGAAAAGUACAAGUAUACCACUUUUGAUCACUUUAAUCGAUGUCAAUGAUCAUAUACCACAAUUUCAUAAUCCAGUUAAUCAAUAUGAAGUAAAUAACCAUUUAAAUUCAAAUAAUAAUAAUAAUCUCGAAUCAAAUUACGUAAUCUAUAGACCACUGAAUGGUAAUUUACGUGAAACAUUACCUAUCGGCAGUUUCGUAUUACAAUUAAAUGCUUCUGAUCAAGAUGAUGGAUUACAUUCAAAGCUAGUUUAUGGAUUUUGUCCAUGUGAUCGUAAUUUAGCACAGAAUUAUUUUAAAAUAGAUUCUAUCACAGGACGUAUUACUGUGGGUCAUUCAUUGGAUUAUGAUAAUGGACCGAGACAAUUUCGAUUUAAAGUAAUAGCUAAGGACAGUGCACCAGAACCAUACACAUUAACAGGUACAGCUAUUGUUGAAAUAAUGCUUGCUGAUGAAAAUGAUGAAACUCCACAGAUAAAUGUUAUGCUGUUACAGCCAAAUUCUCCUCAUGAUACUUCUCCGACAAAUCUCUAUCCAUUUCACUCAAAUAAAAUUAAACAAAACUCAGAUGGUGCGAAAUUGUUACGUGAAUUUACAACAACGAUAAAUGAGAAUCCUCAGCCGGAAACAGUAAUUGCUUAUGUUCAGGUAUUUGACCCGGAUCAUCAUGGACAAGAUCAUAUUCACUGUCGUCUGGGUCCGACAGACAACUUCACCUUACAGUAUGAUCCAUCAUCAUCACCAACAUCAUUGUCAUCAGUGUCAUCAACGUUGACUUCAACGGGGAGCAAUUCCUUGUUAUAUCUUACAAAACGUAAUCCUUUAUAUGAAAACUCAUUACAACGAUCACUAACAAAUACUGUACAAAAUAAACAAGAUUAUCGUUUAAUAACUGGAACACGGUUAACAGAUCUGUCAUCUCCAUAUUCACGUUUAGAUCGUGAAGUAACUCCAACACAAACAAUCACUUUAACAUGUACAGAUAGUGUAGAUAAUUCUGCUUAUGUAAUAAUUAAUGUACACUUAGCUGAUUUGAAUGAUAAUUCACCAGAAUUUGUAAAUAAUGGUCACUUUGUAUUUCAAAUACCUGAAAAUCAAGAAUUACCUGGUAAUAAACCAAUUUGGCUUGGACGUACAAUUGCAGUGGAUAAUGACCAAGGUGUAAAUUCUUUACUUACUUAUCGUUUAGAAAAUGAUGAAAAUAUGGUAAAUAGAUACGAAAAUAAAGAGUAUGGUAUUACUGAUAAUGACAAUAUCCCACAGAUUACUCAUAACAUUAAUAAUAUGUUUGAAUUAAAUCCACAAACAGGUGAUUUAUAUGUUAAAAUUGUAUUUGAUCGAGAAACAGCACCAAAUGAUGGAGUAUAUCGAUUAAAAGUAUUAUGUAUUGAUAAUGGUGAACCAUCAUUAACUGGAACAGCUCAGGUUGAAGUUUUUAUUUUAGACGAAAACGACUGGCCUCCACAAUUCACACGUGAAGUGUACACAUUCAGCGUACCAGAGAAUAUGAGAAUUCAUGAAAUAGUUGGUGAGGUUGAAGCUAUAGAUCGUGAUGCAGAUAGUAAAGGGAAAAUAACUUAUCAGUUGAUUACACAUUCAUAUCAACCGGUAAAUGAAAUAUCUGACUGGGCGUUACCAUCAUCGAACCAAUAUAAUUCACGUAGAUUACAUUCACGUGCACCUGGAAAUAAAUUAAUUGUAAAUGAUAGAAUAUCAUCAACAGUAGAAAACACUGAGUCAAAUAGUACUUCAAAUAGUGAACUGACUAGAGAUAAGCAGUUGAAUAAAACAGGUAAACAGUCUCUUGGAAUAAUGGAUCCAAGUACACAACAAAAUGAAUCAAAAAAGACAACUUUUUCAAACUUAACAAAUGAACUGUCAAGGAAUGACAUAAGACCAGUUAAACAAAUAAAUUAUUCACAUUCUGAUAAAUCACUAACUUUAUUGAAUUAUUUUGCAGUUGAUCGUUUAACUGGUAAAAUACGUCUUAUACGUGCAUUGGAUCGUGAAUCGGUAGCAUUUUUUACCAUAGAAAUUGUUGCCAUUGAUUCUGCUCCAGUUUCACCGAUUAUAUCAUUACGUCAGAUAAACAGUAUGAUGUCUACAUCAAAGUUGAAUAAUGGUAAUAAUAAUUUCACAUUAAAAAAUGCAUAUAACACACCUGUACAUAAAUCGUUGUCAUCUACUGCUACAGUUGUAAUUGCUGUUACCGAUAUUAAUGACAAUCCUCCAGUAUUUCGUCGACCAAAUACAUCAACUGCUAUUCAGCUUAGUUUACAUGAAACACUAGGCAGACAAUUGCUUACAAUGGAGGCAACUGAUGCAGAUGAAGGAGAAAAUGCUCGAAUCACUUAUCAAAUACGAUCAGAAGUCCCACGACCGCCUGGUGGUUCAGGAACUGGACAUUUUGCUAUUGAUGAAUCAAGUGGAAUGUUAUUCAUAGCCAGACCUUUGAACAAUACAACUACACAUCGAUUUGUCGUUGAAGCUUGUGACGGUGGAGCUGGUUCGUCUAAACGCUGUACAUUAUCUCCAACUAUACGUAUAAAUGUAUUUGAUGGUUUAAACGAACCAAUAUCAAAUUCAAAUGGUGAUCUACUUGUUUAUCAAACUGGAACAGCAGCGAACAAUGAUAAUUUUCAUCAAAAUCAUAGACAAUCAGAUUAUCAUUUGAUUUAG